CUGAGUCAUGGCCAUCAAAAUCUCCAAACUUUUAAUAAUCUAUUGAGCUCCAAACGAAAUAGCGUUUGCUUCACUUAUAUCGCCUCUUUUGGUCAUUGUUACGUACCUGUUGUUAAUCACAAAGAUUUCACUUGCGCAUUUUCCAUAAACCCAUGUCAACCUCGACCAUCCUUGGAAUCACCGUCGCAGAGCCCGUGUUUCUAUUCAUCAGUGGAUACAUCUUUGCCAAGUUUGCGCACUUUCUCCACGAUGUACCAAAUAAACAAUCAUCUUCUAUCUUUGCUUGUCUCUUGGUCAUCUUACACGCUGCUCAGGUUUUUGCCGAAUUUGGGGCGGCUUGGUGUGCUACGUCAGGUGUGAUGGGUACAAAGUUGAACCUCGGGCUGAAUAUCACACAAGUCUUCUCUGUGAUUGUAAGCGUAAUUUUAGUCCAGAUCCAUUACUCUACCUUAGUCUACUUCAUGAUCAAAAGGCGUACAUGUUGGCUUGUAGUAGCUUCAUUUCUUACAAUCUUCAUGACAAGCAUUUUUAUCGGUAUAAUCAUCUUUGUGAUCACCACUAAAGGACGUUUUGAUAUAGCAACUGCAAUUGAUUCUAAAAACCCAGUAAUUCGGAACUUGUCUCGUUUUUUCGUUCUUUCUUACUGCGGUGGUAAUAUGCUUUUUGAUGGGUCUAUUUGUUUCAUGAUUUCGUUUCAUUUGAUUCGAUCUGGAUGUCUUGACUUGGGUAAAAGGAUGAGAACCGUGGUACGGAAUUUACUUCUUCUUACUUUCAGGACUUUCUUGCUCACAACCUUAUUGGUGGUUGGUUUGGCAGUGGUGACUUUAACUACAAUACUUCCUCAGCAUCCUAACCCACAAUUAGUAAAAAGAAUCCCGUUAAUCUGGAGAAGCUCAACCAGUAUCAUAAGUCGAGUUUAUGUUCUCUCAUUUUUCUCUAGUUUUGUAGGGAAAUCAAAUCGAGAUAUAAUAACUUAUCCAUCACCACAGUUCUUGAAUUCUUUCAAGAUUGAAAUUUCUCAACUCACUCAAAGUGAUGGUGAAACAACUACGAAUCAUUACCCUCAGGGACCUAGGCUUGAUAUUUAACUUCCUCUGAAUGAUAUAGAAGAGAAACAAGUUUUAUGAGAGUAUCCUAAAUUUGUACGGUUAUGAAUAUGAUUCUACUAUACAAAUCAAAUCUCUCAAAAGGUC